AUGAAGCAGCCGCGGCGCCUCCUUCUCCUCGUGGCGGCGGCGGCCCGCGCCGUCACGGGGGCCGCCGCCGCCACGGACCCCCUCCUGGAGACGGCCAUCGCCGGGGGGCAGGAAUACGUAAACCUGGACAUUCGAUUCGGCCCGGACGUGUACCGCAUCCCCGUCGGCGUCAACGCGACGUGCGAGGAGAAGCGCCGCCACCUGCAGGGCGUGAUGCCCGAGGGGAUGCUCGGCCAGGGCUGCACCAACCGGGCCUGCGCGGCCCUCGUCACGCUCGCGGAGCUGCUCCCGAGCUGCGCGGCCUACUGCGAGGCCGCCAUGGGCGACGCGAAGCUCGAGCGGACGAGCACGGUCGAGCCCGGCGCCCUGUGGCGCGGGUCGCCGGGCGGCGCCGUGACGUCGCUCAAGGGCCAGCGCUUCGAGGCCGUGGCCCGGGCGUUCCUGGGGGCGCACGGCUACGCGAGCGCGGGCGGCGCCGCGGAGCCCCUCGCGAAGCUGUUCGAGGAGCAGAACCGCUUCGACCCGAAGUACGCCGACCUGGGGGAGGUCGUGCUCUACGAGCUCGCGCACGCCGAGGCGCGCGUCCGGCCGCCGACCGCCUGGUUCGACGACCUGCGCGCCGUGGGCUGGCACCGCAUGCCGGGCGCGGACCGGCUCUCGCUCUUCCCGGAGAGCCGCGUGGCGCAGGCCCGGCGGGCGCUCGAGGCCGUGACCGGGCACGUGCGCUUCAACUUCCUCGGCGGCCGCGGCACGGACGCGUCGACGCGGCUCGCGCGCGGCUGGGUCGAGCGCUUCGCGCUGGCGCACUUCCGGGCGGACGACGUGCUGGUGUUCACGGACUCGUGGCAGGCGCACGCGCCGCUGGGGCCCUUCGACCGCACGCUCGACGCCGCCCAGCCCAAGUGGAACCCGAAGCUCGCGAACAACGUCAGCUUCAUCCGCGACGCCAUGACGUCGCCGGCCCGCGACGAGUGGGUCGCGCACCUCAUGUUCCUGGGCCGCGGCCGGCCGCCGCCGCCGAGCGCGUUCCGCGACGUCGCGGCGGACCAGCUCAUGCGCGUGGACGCGAGCUACGUGGCCACGCUCUGCUCCUCGGGCGCGACGCUCGCGCCGGCGGGCGACAACGCGUGGUCGCGGCGCUUCUACGAGGCCAUCCUCUGCUGCUCCGUCCCCGUCGUCCAGCGCUCCGAGCACGCCGGCCGGACGGACGCGGACCUGGAGCUGGGCUACCGGUACCACGUCUACGACCCGGCGAAGCCGGCGUCGGCCUACGGCUACGAGCGCGACUGGGCGACGCGGAACUGGCACCUCUUCGCGAACCACUCGACCCUCCUCUCGCCCGCGAGCGUGGAGGGGUUCGAAUGCCCCGAACGCACCUUCUCGAGCGUUCCUGUCUAAGCGUCGUCGUGUUGUCCAGUAAAAGCACAACGUUUACUA